AUGUUCGUUAAAUUUGUUUUGGAUACAUCGAUAUGCAAAGCAAAUACUUCAGGUUUUGUCAUGGAAGAGGUUAUCGAAUGUGAAAAUCAAAACCAUGAUGCCUGCGGUGGUGUGAUAGAAUAUCCAAACGGUACUAUUACUUCACCAUCAUUUCCAGCACUUUAUCCUAUACUAAAGGAAUGUAUAUGGGAAAUUAUUGCACCGCCAAAACAUAAAAUCUCUCUCAAUUUCACACAUUUUGAAUUAGAAGGCACCACACAUCAGCACACAGAUUGUGGUUAUGAUUCGGUCACAAUUUAUUCGAAACUCAGCGAAAAUCGCCUUAAACGUAUUGGCACCUAUUGUGGAAACGCCAUUCCACCCACAGCCACUUCAGAGGGCAAUGCUUUACGUGUAGAAUUUCAUUCCGAUAAAUCAGUGCAACGUAGCGGGUUUGCUGCGGUUUUUUUUACCGACAUAGAUGAGUGUUCCCUUAAUAACGGUGGUUGUCAGCAUGAAUGUCUCAAUACAAUUGGAUCCUAUAUGUGUUCAUGCCACAAUGGCUAUUCACUGCACGAGAAUGGACAUGAUUGUAAGGAGGGCGAAUGUAAACAUGAAAUUUCCGCACCAUUCGGUACUAUCUAUAGUCCCAAUUUUCCGGAUUUGUAUCCACCAAAUGCUGAUUGUGUUUGGCAUUUCUUGACAACUACAGGACAUCGCAUCAAAUUAAUUUUCAACGAAUUCAAUGUGGAAUCGCAUCAGGAAUGCGCUUACGAUAAUGUGGCAAUAUACGAUGGCGAGUCUGAAAGCAGUUCGCUUUUGGGACGUUUCUGUGGAGACAAAAUACCAUAUCCGAUAUCAUCUUCCACAAACCAAUUGUACAUGGUAUUGAAGACAGAUAAAAAUAAGCAACUCAAUGGUUUCACAGCAAUGCACUCUACUUCAUGUGGCGGAUACUUACGUGCAACAAAUCAAAUUAAACAAUUUUAUUCGCACUCGCGUUUCGGCAAUCACAACUACAAUGAAAACAUGGACUGUGAGUGGACAAUACAAGCACCACCGAGCAGCAAUGUACAGUUGUUGUUCCUAACGUUCGAUAUUGAAAGCAGUGAAAAUUGCACUUACGAU